AUGAGCAUUAAUUCUCUUCCCUUGGAGAUACUUGGUGUCAUUUUCCACGAGUAUGUGCGCAGUGCAUACUUACGCGAUGGGGAAAUAAUUUGGGCAGUUAGAAUCUCGAGCGUUUGCCAACGAUGGCGUGACGCAGCCCUCUCACUCGGUGUAAUAUGGACCUAUCUGGACUACGACUUUCAUUUCGAGCCACGGAAAAACCUGUUAGAGAUUCUCGACACAUGGCUUUGCAGAUCUAAUGGAGCACCACUUAAUUUCUCGUUCAUUUACAACCUUGAACACUGGCGGUCUGAAGAAGAUAACGAAGUAGCCGAGCGUGCCGUUCUGAUGUUGCUCUCUCACCAGUGGCAUUGGGGGAAAGUCAUGUUCAACUGGCAAUUCAUGACGUCUCCCAGCUUUUCAGGUAUAUGGCUUACAAACAUGCCCAAAUUGACAUCGCUUAAAUUGUAUGUCAAGCUUGAUGAUGGCCGGUAUAAAGGAGGCGGACGUAUCGAUUUCUCGCAGUCUUCGAGACUUGAAUAUCUUCACCUCAAUUGUCCGAUUCCUCUAGGCGUCGGGGACAAGCCAGUGUACUUGCCAGUGGCAGCAACGAUCGAUCUCGAUCUGCAUGGCCAUUUCUCAGCACGUGCCACUGUGUCGCAAUGCCUGGAUGUCAUUGAGGCGGCUCCGAAUCUGAGGAAAUUUCGGACUUCCUCCUGUACGGUCAACGAAGCAGUGAAUUACGAGGAACGUCCUAUCACUUCGCACAACCUCCGGAUCCUUGUUCUACGGGGUGGCAAUGCUUCACUCGUAAUCAAUAAAUUGGAUCUUCCCGCUUUAAUGGUUUUGACAUGCAGAGACGGCUACUCUGGUAGUGCAGACGAACAUCUCAUAUCGUUUGUCAGACGCUCAUUGCCACCAUUAACUCAUUUGGCGAUCGGUGGCAACUGUACUGACGAAACCGCAGUUAUGAACAUUCUUCCGCUUCUGCCCCUACUUCGUGUGCUUAAUAUGGACCCUUGUACUGUUUCAGCACAGCUUUUUCUGUUCCUUUCUGCUCCAAAUAACGCUGCUGCUGCAGAGGGUUGCAUUCACAAUCCACACAAGGAGACUGUGUGUCCUGAUCUGGGAUGUGUUUGCUUCUUUAACUAUUCUGUCGUGGGGGGAGUACGUGAAUGUGCUGAUGCAUUAUGCACUAUGCUGGAGUCGCACUGGGGUGUUUUGGAGCUGCAUCGCGAUUUGGUCGAGAUUGGCAAGCCAAUUUCUGGGGCUGAUUGCAAAAGGGUGCAGCAUCUUAUCCAGAACACAGAGAACUUCCUUACUAGCAAGGGCAGAGACAAAAGGGAUCUAUCAGAUUUCUGGUAG